UGCAAGUCUGUAACUUGGCCAACUGCAAACCUUCGCCGCAUGGCACUCUGAGGUACAGCUGAUCACCAAUUUACCAAAGCGGAAAUCAUUUUUUCUAUUUUUUGGCUGAUCCGCUUAAGCAGCAGACCUUGGUGAAAGAAAAGGGGACCUAAUUUUUGGACGAGGAGUAGUUGUAGUUAUUUCUUUCUUUUCAAUCUAAUUCCAAAUCUUUUUAGAGCAAUUUUCUUUGUUUUGGGCGAGCAAUAACAUCCAUCAUCCAAUUCGAAUUUCGAAAGCUAGGGAGGUCGCACUAGCAGGGCACUGAAAUAUGUACGGGUCGGAUAAAGCCGUCGACGAUUCGGAGCGUACAGCUUUCAGGAAAGCAGAAAAGAAAUACAAACUUUACUACGAUAAUGCUAACACCAAGAGGAAAAAGAAGCCGAGAGCUGUAGAUUUGUCGGAGGUCAUUGAUUUCAAGUGUAUUUUAGAAUCCUAUAAUCAGAAUAAUGAACUUCCAGCUGGAGUUUUCAAACUUACAUCCAGUUUCGGCACACCUGUAUUCGGCUUGGAUAGUCGGCCUGGGUUUUACUUCAUUCCGGGGGCUUUGAGCGUUGAGGAGCAAUGCCAGUGGAUAAGAGAGAGUUUAGCAAGUUUUCCUCAACCACCUAACUGGACGAAUCAUAAUGCUAUUUACGGGCCUCUAGAGAACUUGUUUGCUGCUGCCAAAGAAGAAAGAGUCUUGGUUGAAAUUGAGCAGCCAAGGGAUAUAGUUUCCGAGAUUGAUUCUAUGCAUGAUGCCCAAAUUACUCCGCGGUGGAAAUUCUCUGGCGAGUUAGAUAAAUCAUGCAGAGGAGAUGCAUGUAAAUCAGUGUCAGCCUCUGUCUUGCUGCGGAAGUUGCGUUGGUGCACCCUUGGCCUGCAAUUUGACUGGUCUAAGAGGAGCUAUAAUGUUUCCCUCCCUCACAUCAAGAUACCUGAGGCUCUUUGUUGCCUUGCUAAAAGGUUGGCCAAGCCUGCAAUGCCUCCUGGUCAAGAUUUCCAGCCAGAAGCUGCAAUAGUGAACUACUUUGCUCUAGGAGAUAUGCUGGGUGGGCACCUCGAUGACAUGGAAAAAGAUUGGAGUAAACCGAUUGUCAGCAUAAGCUUGGGUUGCAAAGCUAUUUUUCUUCUUGGGGGAAAGUCUAGGGAGGAUCCACCACUUGCAAUGUUCCUUAGAAGUGGCGAUGUUGUACUUAUGGCUGGAGAAGCGAGGGAGUGCUUUCAUGGUGUUCCUAGGAUCUUCACUAACACAGAAAGUGCUGAAAUAGUUGAUUUGGAAUCACAAUUUUCAAGAGAAGAUUCUUUUCCUUUCCUUGAUUAUGUUAGAUCUUCAAGGAUCAACAUCAAUAUUAGACAAGUUUUCUGACUCGGUUACUUGGAGACUUUUCAAGUCCUUUAUUCUUUCCUGUCAUACAAUUGGAAAUUUUGAAUUUUGCCCCUCCUUGACGGCAAAAUUUGUUCUUAGAAAAACCCUUGGGUAAGGGGUCCGAUCGUAGCGGCAUUUUUUAUGAUGUGAACGCAAAUAAACGCCCCGAAGAACUUACGAGAGAUGGUGCGAUGGUAUCGAUUUGUAGGCAUCCUGGAUUAGCGGCAAUGAUGAACAUUUUUGUCC